ACAAGUGAAUCUCGCCAAGAGUGGUCAACAACAGCACCUGUAACCGAGAAAAAUGGUAGUUGUACUGAUUCUGAGAAAAUAUAUACAUCUACAUUAACUCUAUCAAGAUAUACAGUGUUUACUGACAAUACAGAUAUAACUGUGAAGUUUCAGUGUGGUGCCAUAUCAAUAACUGGGACAGAAGAUCAACUUUUUACACAAACGUCUGCUAAUGUUAGAUUUGCAGUACGAGUUUCAACAGUGACAUUAAAGAAUGGGAAUUCAGUUUCAUCAAAUCCAUUAGAAGUAAACAACGGGGAACCUCAUACAUUGACAUGUACAUCUAGUGUUAGCAGACCAACAGCAACUAUCAUCUGGUAUUUUGGAGGUCAGGGACAGAAAAGAGAAACUACAAAUACUUCUAGCUUUACAUUCACGCCAGAAUAUUCGGAUAAUCAGAAACAAGUUUAUUGUAUAGCAUUCAAUUUACAAACAGAAAACCAAGCUGUGUCUUCAAACGUUGUGUCACUGUAUGUAAAAGUGAAGGUAGCUAAUGUAACACUAAAGGAUGGCAACACUGAAUCAUCAGGAACACUUGAAGUAACAAAUGGUGUAUCUAAAAUAUUAACAUGUUCAGCAAGUGAAAGCAGACCUACUGCCACAAUUAUCUGGUAUAUCGGAGAAAAUGAUGAGAAGAAAAGAGAGACUGUUACAAUAUCUACAUUUACAUUUACACCAGUUAUCUCCGACCAUAACAAACAAGUUUAUUGUAAAACUUCACAAUAUUGUUGUCAUUUUUUUCCAGUAUUAGCUACCACUCCUACAAUCACAGAUCUUACAACAGAAAAAUUAGAAGGAGAUCAAAUAAAAUAUCAAUGCACUUCCUCUCAAACACGACCUGUUGCUAUAGUAACAUGGAAGUUAGACACUCGCACACUGACUGAUGUACAGAAUACAGAACAUAGUCAUGGGAAUGAUCUUAAAUCUGUUACAAGUAUUGUUACAUUUACAGCAAAUAGAACUGAUAACAACAAAACAAUUUACUGUGAAACUACAAUACCUGGUCAAAGUAAUUUAGUGAAGGCUCAAGAAAAAAUAACUGUGUAUUGGCCACCAGUGUUACCUGUUAUAUCAACAAGCAACUUUCCAUUUCUAGAAGGUCAGACAGGAAAGAGUAUUUAUUGUUCCUCAUCUGAUUAUGGUAAUCCUACAGCUACAGCAACAUGGACCGCACAAUAUGGAUCACCUGAUAGUGCUGAUACAAGGAAACUAAGGUUUCCUAAACUAACAUACCAAGGUGAUAGAAGUCCAGUAAAAUGUCAGUUGAAGAAUUUAUUCACGCAGAAGAAAGGUCUUCAGAUCCAGUCCAUACAAGUUCUAUUACAAGUUGAAUAUUUUCCAAAAGUACAAAUUAUGGCGAAUGGGAAACAAGUAACUACCAUAACGACAAGUGAAGGUGAAACGCUGUCUGUUACAUGUAAUGCCACUGGAAAUCCAACACCAAUAGUAAGUUGGGUGGGACAACAGUCUAGUAGUCCUACUUUGUCAUUUGAUGAUAUAGAUAGAGCAGACCAUGGUUACUACACCUGUAGGGCUACAUCAACAUCAUCUCAUUAUCCCAGUCAUAACUUUGCUACUGAGGAAACAUUGGCUGUCGUUGUUAACUGCAAACCAAUGGUAUGUGAUUGCAACAACGGCGCCGUUAAUAAUGACAUUAAAGCAGUGAUUGUAGGAGUUGUACUUGGAAUAAUCAUCGUAAUAGUCGUGGCAUAUGCUGGAUAUGUUACAAUACUACUGAAACGAAGAAAUGGAAGCACAGCGGAAAAUACCAUUAUCCAGCCGGCUCAACGCACUGUGCCUUUAUAUACUAAUAUGAUGUUCUCAACAAAUGAUGGUGAUGACCAACAGGGAACAGAUCCAGAUGUAACCGGAGAGUCUCAAUAUACGUCACUGAAGACUGAACUAAAAGACGAUAGACAAACAUAUGAGCAAUUGAAAGUGUAGCAAUUAAAUGAGAAAAAAAAUCAAAGAAAAAAUCAUGAUUUGGGAUAACAUACAAUCCAAGAAAAACCUACAAUUAAAUUUUAAAGAAAGGCGUACACAUCGACAAGAAAAUAGUAAAUUGAAAGUAAAUUUCUAUAGAAUGAGACAACGGAACGAUUACAGAUUUAACACUUGUCGUGCAAUCUAUUUCCAAUGCACUGUUAUGUGUAUAUAAACCACAUAAAUUAAUUCUUAGAAACCAUUGAGCAAUCUUUUGAAAGUAACAACAUAAUAUAGAAACAAUUUUAAAUUUUUUAAGAUAUUAUCAUCACUUUUUUUUGCUGAGUGGUUAAUGUUGUUGAAAUCAAACCACUUGCACCUCACCGCUAUGAUCCGAUUCGUUCAUAUAUGGUUUUUAUCGUGUCCCACGUGGAUAACGAGAUAGAGGACAAUAAGCAAUUCUUUUCGAACAGCCCUCGUAUUCAUUUAUUAUGGGUUUGAAGUCACUGAAGUAUAUGGCCACUUUGUUGUCAUUGUUAAAGUUUUAUAUCACAUUAGAACUUGUUUAUUAUUUAAGUUAUACCAAUACUGUAAAGGUCAUAUGACUGUUUCUCAGCUUUAUUGGUUGAAAAAGAGCCCAUAUGUCCUUCUGUACAUUAUUGUAGUCACAAGCAAACACUAAAAAAAUCUACACAUAAUGAUAUUCUUUGCACAAUACAUUGAAGCUGCAUGCUUCCAGAUGAGCCAAAAUAUUUUAAGAAAGUAAAACUUGAGAAAAAUGUACAAAGAUUUUAGAAAAGUAAAGGAUCUUACAGUCAAGUAAUGAGUUACAUGUUAUGUGCUAUCAUGAACUGAUUUUGCAGUAUUCAUCACCAUAUUUCUACUGUGUUACUUUCACAGAUUGGGCUAAAUUUGCUUAUUUUGACCACAUUUUUGGUAAUUCAAAUGGCUUGCAAGUGCUAUAUGCAAUGUGUAAAUUAUUUUCUUUGUUCAUUUCACAAUACAUAUAUUGUUUUUUAAAUAAAAAAAUGUAUUUUUACAAUUUUCAUGAAAAUUAGCAUUAAUGUAGAGAAUUGCUGCUUUAAUGUUUGAUUUAACUAAACUCUGAAUUUUUAAAAGAAUCUAUUAUAUACUGAACUAUUGUGAUAAUGGUGAUAUUAACCAUGAUGACAGAAAGGAAAACAUUGUAUAAGAUUUAAAAUAGUUUCAAACUAUUUAAAUUUAUCAGAAGAAUUCAUAAUACUGGGUUAUAAGACUUAGUUUAUAAGGAUGUUAAAAUUGGAAGCUAUUGAGCUGGAACAAGUAUAGAUCUCAAUGACCAUCAGAUGUUUUAAUUUAUGUAUUUGUAACCCUUUUCCCUGAUAGAUCCAAAAAUGAACAGCCUUUGCCACCAGUAUAGCGCCAGACCAGCCGGGACAUACAUGUAUGUGUAGUCUGAUAAGGUUCUUUACUGUUAGUUGUUUGACUUCAAAAUUUCAUUUUGAUAUCACUAAAAUUGAUAAUGAACAGUCCCAAAAUGGAAGCUUGACAAAUUCAUUUAUGAAAUUCAACAGGGUAAGGGUUAAAGGUGAACAACUCUUUUCCUGCUGCUGUUACCUCUCUUUAUAUUUGUUAUUUACAAGGGAGAAAAUUGAUUGUUAUAAUUUUUAUAUUCAGUCUCUAUUAGAUUUGUCUUUUUAUGUUAAGAAUGACAUAUAUGUUAUAUAAGAAAUACUUUCAGUGUGUGCAUGUUUGUACUUUUUCCUGUUGCAAUAACAGAUGUGAUUUUUUUCUCACACAGAAAUCCAUACAUUAAUAUAUAAUUUUUCCUUUCUAUGAGUAUUU